AACUACAGAAUAAUAAACAAACACAGCCACACAUUCCCAUCUCUGUGUCAAUUUAAAGCUUCAUCAGUCACAAACCCAACACUGAGCUUCAUUUUCUCUUCGUCAAUGGCAAUAUUUCUUCUCCUCUUCAUUUCUUUACUCUCAUUAUCAUCAUCUUCCUCAACAAACGACACUCCAAGAACUUACAUAAUCAAAGUCCAGCACGACGCCAAACCCUCAAUCUUCACUCUCCAUAAGCACUGGUACAAUUCCUUCCUCUCCUCACUCUCCGAGACCCCCACCGUCUCCGAUUCCGCCUCAUCCUCCCGCGUAAUCCACACUUACCAAAAUGUAUUUCACGGCUUCUCGGCGAGGUUAUCUCCGGUUGAAGCUCUCAAGAUUCAGACACUUCCCCACGUCAUUGCUGUCAUACCUGAACGUGUCCGUUAUAAGGACACCACUCGGUCACCUGAGUUUCUUGGCUUGAAAACAACUGAUAAUGCUGGGUUGCUUAAAGAAUCGGAUUUCGGGUCGGAUCUUGUUAUUGCUGUUGUGGAUACCGGAAUCUGGCCGGAACGCGAGAGCUUUAGUGAUCGGAACUUGGGGCCGGUUCCGGCGAAAUGGAAGGGAAUGUGUGUUAGUGGUAAGGGUUUUAGCUUGUCGUCUUGUAAUCGGAAGCUCAUCGGGGCUCAGUAUUUUUGUAGCGGGUAUGAGGCGACCAAUGGGCGGAUGAAUGAAUCUAUUGAGUUCAGAUCACCGCGGGAUUCUGACGGACAUGGGACUCACACAGCCUCUAUAGCGGCCGGACGGUAUGUUUUCCCCGCUUCUACGCUUGGGUAUGCGAAAGGUAUCGCCGCCGGUAUGGCGCCAAAAGCGAGAAUUGCUGCCUAUAAAGUUUGCUGGAACGGCGGCUGUUUUGAUUCUGAUAUCCUCGCCGCUUUUGAUACUGCCGUCGCCGAUGGCGUUGAUGUAAUUUCACUCAGUGUCGGCGGUGUUGUUGUUCCUUAUUACCUCGACGCAAUCGCUAUCGGGUCUUUCGGAGCGGUGGAGCACGGUGUUUUUGUCUCUGCUUCCGCCGGAAAUGGCGGGCCCGGUGGAUUAACUGUCACUAAUAUUGCCCCGUGGGUUACUACGGUGGGCGCCGGUACUCUUGAUAGAGAUUUUCCGGCUGAUGUAACGCUCGGAAAUGGGAAAGUUAUUAGUGGUGUGAGUGUUUAUAGUGGGCCGGGUUUAUCUCCGGGUAAACUGUACCCGUUAAUAUAUUCCGGCAGUGAAGGUACCGGAGAUGGGUACUCUAGUUCUUUAUGUUUAGACGGUUCAUUAGAUUCUAAACUCGUAAAGGGUAAAAUUGUGUUAUGUGAUAGAGGAAUUAAUUCAAGAGCGGCUAAGGGUGAAGUUGUAAAAAAAGCCGGCGGUGUCGGAAUGAUUUUGGCUAACGGCGUUUUUGACGGCGAGGGUUUAGUCGCGGACUGUCAUGUUUUGCCGGCAACUUCUGUUGGAGCUAACGGUGGUGAUGAAAUUAGAAGGUAUAUUUCUGUUGCUUCUAAGUCUAAUAAUUCACCACCUACUGCUACUAUUAAUUUUAAAGGUACUAGACUUGGAAUUAGACCGGCCCCGGUUGUUGCUUCAUUUUCAGCUCGAGGUCCUAAUCCGGUAUCCCCUGAAAUUUUGAAACCUGAUGUUAUUGCUCCGGGUUUGAAUAUUCUCGCGGCUUGGCCCGAUAAAGUCGGUCCGUCGAGUGUACCGACCGAUACUCGGAGUACUGAGUUUAAUAUUCUUUCGGGUACUUCUAUGGCGUGUCCUCAUGUUUCCGGGUUAGCUGCUCUUUUAAAGGCGGCGCACUCGGAUUGGAGUCCUGCGGCUAUUCGAUCAGCAUUGAUGACUACUGCGUAUACAGUUGAUAACCGCGGUGAGACAAUGGUUGAUGAAUCCACUGGGAAUACUUCAACCGUGUUGGAUUUUGGUUCAGGUCAUGUUCAUCCGCAAAAGGCAAUGGAUCCCGGGUUGAUUUACGAUAUAACGACGUUUGAUUAUGUUGAUUUUCUAUGCAAUUCGAAUUAUUCAGGUAAUAACAUUCAAGUUGUGACUAGAAAGAAUGCUGAUUGUAGUGGAGCAAGAAGAGCUGGACAUACUGGGAAUUUGAAUUACCCAUCAAUGACUGCUUUGUUUCAACAAUAUGGUAAAAACAAAAUGUCUACACAUUUUAUUAGGACAGUGACGAAUGUGGGUGAUCCGAAUUCGGUGUACAAUGUUACGGUUAAUCCGCCGAGUGGGACUGUAGUGACUGUGGAGCCGGAGAAGCUCGUGUUUAGAAGGUUAGGACAGAAACUGAGCUUUCUUGUUAGAGUGGAAUCCGAGGCGGUGAAGCUCUCGCCCGGCAGCUCGAGCAUGAAUAGCGGUUCGAUUGUAUGGUCGGAUGGGAAGCGUACGGUGACUAGUCCGAUAGUAGUGACAAUGCAGCAGCCUCUUUAGCUAAUUUAUAUGAUCAUAUAUCUCUAUGAUGAAUUAAAGGGAAAUGAAUUUCUUGGGUUUGUAAUGCAGAACGUGCAAUGUGCUAGCUAGCAAAACAGGUGAAGAACAAGAAGGUAAAAUGUGUAUGUUUGUUGUGAGAGUGAAGGAUCAAGAAAGAUCACUGUCGUGUAGAAAAUGUUUUGUUGUUUGGACUAAGAAAUUAUAAAGAAAAUGGUGAGGGAAAGAUGUUCUCUUUUCUAUUUUGGAA